UUUCGUAUUUGAUCUUUUUUCUUUCUUUUUUUUUUUUUUUUGGGAUUUUGCAUCCUUUCCCCCGCUUCACAUCCAUGGCGAUAUUGAAUUCCCAUUUCAGCUUCCAGACUGAGGGCGGCCAGCCGGCACUGGCUCUGGGGGGCCACCCAAACUGGUACUCACGGGGAACAGGGAUCUACAGCAGCAUUUACCCUUCCGUUCCCCUUCCCACAGACCCAUUUCUCGACGUUGUUUCAUUUGUUUUCUCUCACCGGCAUAAUGGGAUCUCAGCUCUCACUGAUUAUUCAUCUGGGUGUUCAAUAUCUUACUCGAAGUUGCUGCUUUUAGUCCAACACAUGGCCUCCGGUCUCCACCACAUGGGUGUGUCUAAGGGCGACAAUGUCCUGCUUUUAUUGCCCAAUUCAGUCUACUUUCCUAUCGUGUUUCUUGGUGUUCUUUCUUUGGGUGCAAUUGUUACCACCAUGAAUCCGCUUAGCAGUAUGCCAGAAAUCAAGAAGCGGAUUCUUGAUUGUGGCGUACGUUUAUCUUUCACUGGGUUUGAAAAGGUUGAGAAAUUAAAGAUUCUGGGGAUUUCUGCCAUUGGGGUGCCGGAAACCAUGAACUUUGAUCAGACCCAAGUUCAUUUUUCAACUUUUUAUGAUCUUAUUUCUGGCAAUUAUGGUAUGCCUCCUAAACCUGUAAUCAGGCAGCAAGAUACGGCGGUAAUUAUGUAUUCAUCGGGUACAACGGGCGUUAGCAAAGGGGUCGUCUUAUCCCAUGGAAAUUUCAUAGCAAUGGUGGAGGUUUUCGUGCGGUUUGAGGCUUCACAGUAUGAAUAUUCACCUUCAACAAACGUGUACUUAGCUGUUCUUCCAAUGUUCCAUAUAUAUGGGCUUUCUCUUUUCGUGCUGGGAUUGUUGUCCUUAGGAUCUAGCAUUGUUGUGAUGAGGAAAUUCGACCAUGGUGAAGUGGUGAAAGCCAUCGGUAGGUAUAGAGUCACUCAUUUUCCUGCUGUUCCACCAAUACUUAGGGCACUGUCAGAGGAAGCGAAAGGUGUUGGAGAAAAUGACUUAGAGAGUCUGAAACAGGUUUCUUGCGGUGCAGCUCCCUUGAGCAGGAAAUACAUAGAUGAAUUUCUUCAGGUUCUUCCUCAUGUUGAUUUGAUUCAGGGUUAUGGCCUGACUGAAUCGACAGCAGUAGGAACUCGUGGCUUCAAUACUGCAAAAUUUCAGAAAUAUUCUUCGGUGGGACUUCUGGCACCAAACAUGCAAGCUAAAGUGGUGGACUGGAAUUCUGGAUUUUGCAUGCCUCCUGGUAGCUUUGGCGAGCUCUGGCUAAGAGGGCCGGGAAUUAUGCGAGAAUACUUCAAAAAUCCAGAGGCAACGAUGAUGACAGUUGACAAAGAUGGUUGGCUUCAUACAGGUGACAUUGUUUGUUUUGACAAAGAUGGCUAUAUACACAUAUCUGAUCGCAUUAAGGAGGUCAUAAAGUACAGGGGCUUUCAGAUUGCUCCGGCUGAUUUAGAGGCUAUACUGAUUUCUCACCCUGAGAUACUCGAUGCUGCUGUAACAGCUGCCAUUGAUGAAGAACGCGGGGAGAUCCCUAUUGCAUUUGUUGUGAGGCGGCCAGGCAGCCUGCUCUCGGAGGAAGCUGUCAUCAACUAUGUAGCCGAGCAGGUUGCACCUUACAAGAAAGUAAGAAAGGUGAUUUUUGCGCGCUACAUACCAAAGUCUGCAGCUGGAAAGAUCCUCAGAAGAGAACUCAGGAGCUUAUUGAAGUCUAAACUUUAGAAUUUGAAUCUCUUUUAUUUUCUCUUUAUUUUGAAAAUGAGUUGUUUUAUAUUUGGUUUUUAUUUUAUUUUAUUAUCCUUAAUUUCUAUACUAAACUAAUGGGUUGUAUACCAGAUUAAAAAUACAUUUCUUAUUUUUCAAAUGAAUAAUAAAAUUGGAAUUCAUAC